UACUCAGGGGAAAGGGACGCCUGGACUGUGGUUUGGAAGCGUACUUGGGGGAGAAAGUGGCGAGUCAGCAGCAGACCCUGCCAUCACCCACCAGCUGCGGAGGGCGAUCAGCGUCCCUCUUUAAAAAUCAUCGUGCAGUUUCCCCUUUAGCAGUGCGGCAGCUGUAUGGGCGACCUGCCUCACCUGUGUAAGGGAGUACCCGGCUCAGACGUCAGAUUGCACUAAGCUUCCCUAAUUAAAGCACGAGCCUCAAAUCCAUCUUGCGACAGACGGCUCACAAGGUCGGUGCAGGAGAGGAACCAUGUUUGGGAACAGCGCUGACCAGUGGGUGUGUCCUAACGACAGACAGCUGGCCCUUCGAGCCAAGCUGCAGACGGGCUGGUCGGUGCACACGUUCCGCACGGAGCGGCAGAGGAAGAGCCAGGCCCUGGACGCCAGGGAGCUGGACGUCAUCGUGGGCGUGAUGCGCAGGGCUGAGCAGCUGGAGCACAGAGAACAGUGCAGGGUUGGGAGACUCGUGGAUCGCUUGGAUAACAUGAGAAAGAGCGCAGUGGGGAACGGACUGACCCAGUGUCUCCUCUGUGGCGAGUUUCUCGGACUUCUGGGCUUGUCAUCCGUAAUCUGUCAAGACUGCUGCAAGAAAGUCUGCACCAAGUGUGGAGUAGAGAGUCUGCGUGGUCAGAAGAGACCGCAGUGGCUGUGCAAGAUUUGCAGUGAGCAAAGAGAGGUAUGGAAGCGUUCAGGAGCCUGGUUUUACAAGUCACUGCCUAAGUACGUGUGCCCCACCAAGGAGGCGACGUGGGGGCCUGGAGCCAUGCCGCGCAGUGCCGAGAGGGGGGGGCCUCCGGUGACUGCCACCCCUGGUCGCGUGUGCAGCUGGGCACACGGUAAAGUGAUCUCCAGCGACAGUGACAGUGAGUCGGAGACCAGUGAGUCCAGCCAGGAGCACAAGGCCUGCACAUCCAGGUCUCUGAGUGACCCGGCGGCCGCAGAGCAGGGGAAUUCAGUGUUCUCUGGGGUUCUGGUGCAAACAGCCGGCUGCGUAUCCAAGCCGGUGGGUGGUGCUCUGUUCAGCAGUCACUCCAGCCUGGGCAGCGAUCACAGCGGCGGUGUCUCGAUCGCCGCGGAACUCGCUGACACGGACUGUAGUCAGCCUUCACUGAACUCCUCGGUAUCCCAGAGACCUGUGGCCGGCUGUGGGUUUCCAUUCAGCGAGCUCUCACUGAGCACGGAGCUGAGAGCAACACAUGCCACGUUUAAUCACACCGCAGUGUACAGAAGGCCUGGACUUUAAAGGCUCGGGCUGUCCUGCUUCCCCCUGCAAAAUCUUCAGUGUGAGGGAAGGUGCAUCCUUGACAGGAUGUCAACCCAUGGCUGGUAAAUCAAGCGUGAACAUUUUCGGCCGCACAGUCACAGGAUCGGCAGCAAAAUGUGAUUUUCACGUCUCCGCCUUCAGUCUGAUCUGACAUCAGUUAAGAUCCUUUUCGUAAAAACGGCGCAAACCCUUUGAAUAGGUUAAAGUCAUUUCUUGAAGCAAAAUUUAGUGAGUCGAACUUCUCAGAAGUUCGUUUCUUUGGAAACGCUGUAGCUGGCAGAAGUGGGAGAGAGAAUUGAAGAGUAGGGGUACAAAACCUGUUACACAGUAUGAAGUCGAGCUGUGGAGGAGUGGGGGGGGGGCUCUGUAUGGCUGAACCGGCACUGGCGCGGUAUGGAGCAGCACAGCGUGGCAAAUGCUAUCUGACAGUACAGCUUGGUGAAGGCCGCAGAUCUGAAGGGCACCUACUCUCCUCUCGUAAACAGUGAGAGCCAGCAAUUAAAUGUAUCACGAGAGCCCCGCCUGCGUGCACCACAUCCUGGCGGCUCGGCCGUUUUACGGCACUUUCCUGCCGUCAGUGACUCAGUGGAUUAGCGGGCCUUCGGCGAGCCGAUUUUCCGGAGACAAAGCAGAGAGUUAAAAACACAGAGGAUGAGAAGUGUUGGGUGCUAACGUAGCCGAAAUAUCUAACAGGCAGGUCUGUAUCCUCAUGCCUCUAGAAUCACUGUGGUAAAGACAGAUGAAAGUAGUGAGAUCUGUCGGCUUUGCUGAAAGGAGGCGUUUAUGUAAGUAGACAAGUGAAGAGAAAUUACACAGAGGCUUGUUAGUCAUUUUUUGGGUGCAAAAAUGACGCCGUUUAUCUCAGACAGCUUGCAUGUAAUCCUGGGGUUAACGAUUUUCACAGUUUGCUUUAUUUAAAUCGGAAGUAUUUUUUUUUAUAGUUACUACUUCAUGUCAAUUUGCAUGUAUUCAUGUAGCUGUUAUACUUCUCUAAUCUCCUCCAUAUAUGCUUACAUAUAGAUAGUUUUGGCCAGCCAGACUUGCUCUUACCUUAUCGCACGUUAACUAGCACGAAUUACAGAAAUAUUUAAUCUUAGCAAAUUCAACUGGCGGUGAAACUUAAUUUACAGGGAGCAUGAAAAUAACUUUUUCUCCAUGUGUCCGUCACAUGCAGGGACGCCGUUAAGGGAGAAAAGUCCGGAUGUUUCCAAGGGUCCCUGAGUGACAGGAACCAUAACAAACUGGGAAGUAAAUAUGAUUGGUGUGGUUUGGGGGGGCCAGUCUGACACGCUUUCAUGGGGCCCCAAGACUAACGACACCCCUGAUCACAUGGCUGUAAGAAACUGAUGCCCAUGCAUGUCAGCUGAUCCACAUGUGGACUUGGGGGAAUUGCUGAAUGCAAGAAACAGGGGCAGAGAAGCAGACGGGUGUCAUUAUCUUUUCAUAAGUAGGUUGGUGACGCAUCUGUUCACUGCUGUAAGAAUGCCAGCAAUAUUCAGGUGGUAAUGAAGCUCAAAUUGUCAGUAAGUGAACAGUCCAACUUCCAUCCAUCCAUCCAUUUUCCAAACCGCUUAUCCUACUGGGUCGCGGGGGGUCCGGAGCCUAUCCCGGAAGCAAUGGGCACGAGGCAGGGAACAACCCAGGAUGGGGGGGCAGGCCAUCACAGGACACAACUUUAAUGCUCUAAAUAACAAUAACAAUGAGGAAAUUGUUGAUGGGAUUGUGGAUUACUUGGACAAGAACAUGAGGCACAGAUGAGGAGGUUAGCAGCCAACUUUCUAACAAGGAAGGAACAUAUGACUGAAGAACAGAGGUGGUGAGAUAGAGAGCUAAGAAUGAGUGUUUUCCCGGGUAACGCUAUGCUGGGCGUUUUAACACAGAGGCAGGCACUGCAAUCAUAUUUCUGCUGCUAGUGAAAUUCAACUGUUAGGAUUUUCUCCAAACUUCCCAACGAAGCCCGCUGUCCAUUACUCCUCCCACUGAUUGCUCAAUAGCUCAUUUUUGCUGCCUCGCUGAUUACGCCUUUUUGAUCACUGUCUUUGAAAGACCCAUUUGCUUUCAAAUGAUUAGUAUGUGAUGUUCGUUACACCGUGAAAGUUUAGAAAAUUACUGGUGCAGAGUCUAUUUUUCACUCUAUCCAUCCAUCUUAAAAUGACAUAUUCUUGUCACGAUUGCUCUCAGUAUUUAUUGUCACAUCAUGAAUUUACGAAUAAAAGUGUUAUUUCUGUAAUUCUUUACUACUUCCCAAAUUGUUAUGGUGUGAUGUACGGCUACAACAGUACGAAAAAUUCUUGGUAUGAUAACCACGUAUAUCUCAAUAUCAUGAUUUCUGAUAUACCACACUUUAACACUUUCUGCUACUUGAUGAAUAACACAAACAAUACAAAAAUGAAAAGGUUUCUGUGUACAUUCAUUUAGUUCUUACUAAUUUCUUUAUUCGCAUGAAAUACCUCUUGUAUUUUUUAUGUUGCACAGCAAACAUCAGUGACAAGGUUCUUAUGCAUAUUUGCCAAACGUACUCUUAGCCCAGGAGCAGGGAUGGAUUACGGACCGGGCCAGCGGGGCAGCUGCCCAGGGGCCCUUGGGGUGCAGGGGGCCAGUGGGGCCCCUAGCCCAAAACAAUUUGCAACGCUUAUCAACAAUGUAUUUUCGUUUGUCUAUUUUAGAGGGCCUACAUUCUUUGAUCCUCUGCCUACAAGGGCCCCUGACCCUA